AUGAAUUAUCUUCUUGCUCGCCGCUGCCCAGCCGGCUCCCGGCGCUGCAUUGCCGUGCCCAGAUUGCUCCCUGACCGGUAUUGCGGUCCUCUCCCUUCUGAACCCACACCCCUGGCUGCAGGCGCCGAGACGGGGUCCUACAAGUGGAAGGAUUAUGCGCCCAAGGUCUUCCAGCGCCUGCGCCAGGCCUUUGGCAUCGACAACAUCGACUACCUUCUGUCGUUGACGGGGGAGGCCGCGCUGCGCAUGCUAGGCUCGCCGGGCAAGAGCGGCUCUGUAUUCUUCCUCUCUGACGAUGACAGGUUCCUGGUGAAGACAGUGGGCAAGGAGGAGAUGCGGCUGCUGCUGAAGCUGAUCCCGCGGUACUACCGCCACUGCCAGCAGAACCCUGCCACCCUGCUGGUCCGCUUCUACGGCGUGCACCGCGUCACCCCGCUGCUGGGCCGCCGGGUCCGCUUCAUCGUCAUGGGCAACGUGCUGCCCUCCGACCUGCGCCUGCACCGCAAGUACGACCUCAAGGGCUCCACCUACGGCCGCACCGCGGGGGAGGCCUGCCGCGCCGCCAACCCGCACUGCACGCUGAAGGACCUGGAUGUCGACAUG